AUGGCUACAGCACCGAUGCCAACGAAGCAGGCUGGCAAGGGGAACAACAGAGCGAAGGAGGAGGGGUUUCUGUUGAUUCUACUCCUCUGCAUCGCGCCACCCGCCCCCUCUCCCUCCAUCCUUAGCACACUGCCCCUCUUUCCUGUACAACAAGACGCCACCAUCUUAGAGCACAGCGCUGGCACGAAAUGGAAGAGGACCAACGACGCAGAAAAUCCUGCAAAAUGGGCCAAUCAUGGAAAAUGGACCAAUCCCAAUGGAACAAGUGGACAACAUGCGAUAAUGCUACUGGCUUAG